AUGAAAAAGGAGACAGUGUUACGUGACGGCAAAUUAAACUUCAAGUGCUUCUAUAACAAACUUCACAAGAGUUCCAGCUUUCAACUUGCAAUGGAUUGUGUUCUGGUUACUAUGUCUGGAGGUGCAAGGGUGUGGUUAGCUGGACAUUCUCCGGGGUCAGCUAUGGCAUUGCUUGCAGGAAAGAACAUGGCCAAGAUGGGUUACUUUCUUGAAACUUAUCUUUUUAAUCCUCCAUUCUUAUAUUUCCCCAUGGAGGCAGCUAUCAAGGAUACAAUAGUUAAGUUUGUUAUCCGCUGUGCAGGUAGUGUUGUCAGUGCAGGCCUGAGUCGUGAUGUAAAUGGUUGCCAACAUCAUGAGACUGAAGAUCAUGAAUCUUUUAAUGUUCCGCUAUCUUCCUGGAUUCCUUACCUUUUUGUGAAUCCACAUUAUCCUAUUUGUUCAGAAUAUAUUGGAUAUUUUGAACAGAGGAAGAAGAUGAGGGCAAAAAUACUUGGAGGAGUUGAUAGGUUUUUAACAAAGAGUUGCAUGGAUUCAGGCUCAGAACCACUGAAUCUCAUUCCUUCAGCAGAUCUGACUAUCAAUAGGUGUCAAUUGACUGAAUUCCAAGGACCCUUUUGUAAGUAUAAAAAAUUUAAAAGAGCUCAUGGAAUUCAACAAUGGUGGAAUUAUGUUCCCUAUGAUUCUCUGCGUUAUGAGUACAACACUACAAACUAUGUUGAAUGA